AUAGGUUUGUUGACCUACAGGCUGUAAACAAUCCUGUCUGGUGUUCUCCCUCCCUCCCUCCGUGCGUCGUACGUAACCCUCUAAGCUCCGCCCCCGGGCUGGCUCUCGCGUACCAGUUACGUAUUACCGUAAAAAAUAGAAACUUCCAAGAUGGCUGAGGCCGUGGACUCCAUGCAUUUCGCAGCAAACAGCAAAACAAAUUCACCUAAACCCCUGAUAGCUAAACGGCCGCCGGAGUGCCGACCGCAGUCUUCCAGCGACAUUUACCCGCCGCCCCCUAAGAAGGUCCGGGUGGAGGAGAAGGGCCUGAAGCACAGGAAACUGAACGGAGAGGUGUGCGCAGGGGAAAAACACAACGGGAAGCAGAGUUGUGGUAGCCCAGCGAAAUGGAGUUUCGGCCCGGCCAAGGCGAGCCACUCCACCGCCGCCGCGGUGCCAGUGACCCCCGCUCGGAAAAUCUUCAAAAUCAGCAACUUCCUCGCCUCGCCGCCGAAAAUGAAGAAGGCGAAAGAGAAACGAGUGAAGGAGAAGGAGAAACGCAGUGAGGCGCAGCGGAGCUCAGCCCUCAGUGUGGACAGACUGAGCCCUGCUAGCUGCCAUACAAAGACCGAGAACGGCGACAUGAAAAUGCUACAGAGAGAUCACCGUGUGAAGGAGAAGGAGAAGAAGAAGUCUAAAGAGUGGAAAAAUCACAGAACGCCACCUUUACAUGACAUUGCAAGAGAAAACGGAGAAGUGUUUUCUCCACAGGAAGAUUGUCAGGAGAAGCCCAAAGACGGUUCAGAGGACGACCUCCUGCUGAAGAAGCUCAAGAAGAAAAAGAAAAAGAAGCACAAAGACGGCGAGCGGAUGAAGGAGAGGCACAGUCGACCCAAAGUGUACCAUCGCUCAUGUCAAACAGUUUGUUCGGGAGUGUCCUUGGGUUUGCCUGACUUCCUCGGUCGAAUGAAUGGAAACAACAGCAGCAGUCUACUCCACGCUGCAGCAGCGCCGCCGCCGCCGCCGCCACAACACCAACAACAACAGGAUCUCGCCGCUACCUCUGCCUCCAUCACCUCCAUCGUCAGAGACAGACUCUGCUACAGCUCCCCGCUGCACUGCGUCCCAGAGCCGGGCCUUUCCGGUCUGGAGUUCGGCCGGCUGAUCCACAUCGAGCAGCAGGCCAACGGGGGCGCGUCUGUGGCGCACGCCUACACCGAUCAGCUCUCCUGCCUGUCCCCCGCCGAGAUGCAGCGUUUCGCCCAGGAGUUUGUAACGCUGUCGUUCAGCGAGGAUAACGCCCAGGCCGCGUGUUUUGUGAUGGGGAUUAUACACGGAGCUGCUUCCUACCUCCCAGACUUCCUGGACUACUUCUCCUACAAGUUUCCCAACGCGCCAGUAAAGAUGGAGGUGCUCGGGAAGAAGGACAUCGAGACGACAACCAUGGUCAACUUCUACUCUCAGGUGAAGCGGACAUAUUCCCAGGGAACGUACCGCGCCGGGGCCAUGCGGCAGGUCAGUCUGGUCGGGGCUGUGGACGAAGAGGUCGGAGACUACUUUCCGGAGUUCAUAAACAUGUUAGAGGACUCUCCCUUUCUAGAGCGGACUUUGCCCUGGGGCACGUUCUCCAGUCUGCGGCUGCAGAGCCCCACUGAGAGCGAUGACGGCCCCAUCAUGUGGGUCAGACCCGGAGAGCAGAUGAUCCCGAUGGCAGACAUGCCGAAAUCACCCUUCAAGAGGAAAAGGUCCACCAAUGAGAUAAAGAACCUGCAGUAUUUACCCAGAGCCAGCGAGCCCCGGGAGAUGCUGUUUGAGGAUCGGACGAGAGCCCAUGCUGACCAUAUUGGUCAGGGGUUUGAGAGACAGACUACUGCUGCUGUGGGCGUGCUGAAGGCUGUGCGCUGCGGAGAGGACAGCGACGCUCCCGCCCGGAUCACCAAAGAUGUCGUGUGUUUCCACGCUGGAGAUUUCCCAGAUGUGGUCAUGAGGCUGCAGCUGGACCUCCAUGAACCUCCUCUGUCCCAGUGUGUGCAGUGGAUUGACGAUGCCAAGCUGAACCAGCUGAGGAGGGAGGGGAUCCGAUACGCUCGGAUACAACUCUACCACGAUGACAUCUACUUCAUCCCCAGAGGAGUCGUCCACCAGUUCAAAACUGUGUCCGCUGUCUGCAGUCUGGCCUGGCACAUCAGACUCCAACAGUAUCACCAGCAUGAAGAAGAGGAGGAGGAGGAGAAGGACCAGUGUGCACCCAGAGAAGAACCACUUCAUAUCAAAGAGGAGGAGGAGGAGGAGGAGGAGGAGGAGGAAGAUGAUGAUGAUGAUGAUAAGGAGCUGGAGGAGGUGGCAUGCGACCCAGUUGUGGAUACAGUGACAAAAAAGGAAGAGAUGUAUGCUGAGGAAAGAGAGAGAGCUCACACGCUGGCUUUUACAAAAGAAGAGCAGGAGAACGCCGAGCCGAAAGAAGUGUCAACAACACAGUCUCUACCUUCCAUUAAACAGGAGAGCGAUGAAGAUGUAGUCACUCGUACACUAACAGAGCCCAAAGCUGAGGAAGAUGAGAACGGGGAGAGUAAGGGAGGGGGAGAUGAAGGUGCAGAGACGCUGCAGGAGGAGGAGGCUGGAGUGGACAGUGCAACCUUAAAGACACUACAAGUGAGGAAGGAGAACGACCUGGAGGAAGAGAGGCAGCUGAAGACAACGACACCGGGUCAAGGUCUGAAAGAGAAAACUAAAGAUAACAUAGCCAGCACUUACAACACGCAUCAAAUCAAAAAGGAAAAAGAUAAAGUAAAGAGGGAUAAAGAUGAAAAGGAGAGGGUGAAAGAGAAGAAGGACAAGGAGAGAAGUAAAGAGAAGGACAGGGAUAAAAAGGACAAGGGGAAAGACAGGGACAAGGUGAGAGAGCAGGAGAGAUUUAAGACCGAGGGAGGUGCGUCGACGCAGCCUGUGCAGCCGAGCAGAAAAAAAGAGGAAGACGAGCGGACGAAAGAGGGCGGCAAAGCCUCUCAGACGUCCCUGCACGCGCACAGAGACGAGAAGUGGGCCUCAAAGGAGUGGGACUCAAAGACGCAGCCCCACGUCAAGAGAGAGAGAGAGCACGCGGGGAGCGAUAAAGACGGGAAGGGAGCGUCUCACAGAGAGGAGGCUCGAGACGCGAGCUCGCAUAAACACAAGUCGUCUCACGGGAAGAAGGAGAAGAGCGGGCAGAGAGAGGGCAACGCGUCGGGCGUGGCGCAGGCGAAGUCGGGGAGAGAGGACGGGAAGGCGGUAGCUCAAAAACCUCUGAGCGCUCAGGUUAAGAAGGAAGGAAAGAAGGAGAAAGACGUGAACAGUAAAGAGGAGAGGAAGAAGCCUGCCGCCGCGCCGCCGCCAGAACACAAACAGCCGCGGACGCUCAUCACCUUCGACCUCUUUAAGCCCAUGGAGGCUCACCAGACUCUGGCCCUUUCCUUCACAGACAGUCGACCUAAGAGCCACCAUCAUCACGGUGACUCUCGAGGCUCCUCCUCAAAGCCCGGCUCUGACUCUCGGACACUUGUGCCCUCGAAAGGACCAAAAGUAAAGGACUCGACGCAGGGGAAACCCGCCACGCCCUUACAGGACACGAGGCCGCAGCAGCACUCAUUAAAACAGCCCCUUAAAACACACACGCCCCAAACACAGAAAGACUUCUUAAUAUGAAUGUCUAAGUCUUCUUUUUAUUUACUGUACAACUUUGCGCAGAGGCUUUGUUAAAGUACUUGAAGAUGCAUCCUCGCUUCAGACUUCAACUGGUCUUUUUUUUUUAAUUUGUAAUAAUUGACGAGCGGGUGCAUUACUUUGUUGACACACUUAAAGGCUUUAUAUGUGAUUGUUUUGAUCCAGCAGAUGUCGCCCUUGAGCACCAGCAUGAAACCAAAACAACUCG